GUGGACAGAUUCUGCAGGUUCUGCAUGGCAACAAGGGACGAGAUGCAAGCCAAAGAGAUGACUGCAAACCAGAAAAUGACCAUGAGAGUCAUUCUAACAGAGGCAGAUAUAAGGAAAGUCAUCCUACAUUCAAGGCCUUCUACAGUAAAAGACUUGAUAACCAAGCUUCGAGAGUCACUGGGACUUCAAUACAACUUCAGUCUCCAAUUCCAAGACCCUGAAUUCAAUAAUGAACUAUGUAAUCUAACAGAUCUUCAAGAACUUCCAGAAAAACCAACCAUUAAAGUCCUGCCUGUCUUUGACCUGGUGCCUGUCUCAUCUGAUGACGUCUUUAGCGACACAAGUACUGCAGAUACAGAGAUACUCUCACAUUCACCUCAGGAUCGACGUGAACCAUGGCCAGAAUUUUUUGACAUUCCAACAUUUUCUGUUGAUGUGGAGUAUAGACUGAGGCAAGCAGAUUUGCUGUUUAUGAGUGAAGGAACACACCUUAAGGUCUCAAAAGAGCUGAAACAUGAGAUACUAGAGAGACUGGCAGAAAGCAUGUAUAGCUACACAGCAUACCCAACUGCUGCUCAGUUUGAAAGUGUUGCAACAGCACUGAUAAACAAACACCCCUGUCUCCAGGAGCGAGGCUCUGUCACUCGCUGUUGUGGUUGGAAAAAUAGUCUAAAGCAUAAAAUGGGAAAUUAUAGAACAAAGCGCAGGCAAUCAGGAUGCCUUGAUGUUGCAGUAAAUGCCGGUAAGCGGGGAAGGCAUUCAUCAGAUGGACAACCAGCAAACAAGCGGAUAAAAAAGGCAAAGAAAGGUGAAAUCAACUACUUGCCCAACUUUCCGGAUGGAUUUGAUCAAGCUGCCCUGGAAGAGGCCCGUAAGGACUUGGCUGAUGAAAUGCAGAAGAGAACCCCAAAUGGACUUCUUGUAAAACAAAAGAUGGAUCAGACUUUGCUUUGAGAAGAAAAGAGGUUGUGGACUCUGAACCCCCCAUAAACAUGAUGGUGAAACGCUGGCCUGCCCUCUUCACAGAAGAUCAGGUGUUCAUGGAGUUCAGCAGGAUUGUGGGCAAGAACCUCAA